UUCUCUGUCUGUCGGCAGCAUGUUUAGCUGUGGGACUAACAAAGAUGCAAGUUAAAAGCUGUUACAUUGGAGAUUCUGACAUCUGCAAGUCCUCCUGGACAAUACAAUGAUUUUGCAAGGACCAAGCUAUUUGGAGUGAUUCAAUGGCGCUCGGGCACGGCACAAAGACGUCCGUUUUACGUGACCAGGGGGUCACGUCUGCUGCUCUGGGCAAUGGGCAGGUAGGAACUGCUGUCCAAGGCGUGGGUCCACCAACCAGGAAGACACGGUCCUGCAAAGGUCUUCUUUUAUCCCUCCUCAUCAUCGUCAUGUUCCUCGUAGCUGCAGCAGCUUCACUGUCCUGGUACUUCCUAGAGUACAGAGUGUGGACGUUGGAGCCUCGUAUUCAGCAGCAAUACGUAGCCCACGUGACCAUCCUCAACAAGAACCUCUCCACCGACAUGUCCUCCCACAACGGUCUGGCAUUCAGAAGAGAAGCUAAGAGAGUACAAAACAUGGUAAAGACAAUAAUGAAAUCUUCAAGCCUUUCUCGAUACUUUAACUACACCACUGUGUUUGCAUUUGGGGAUGGGAGUGUGGUUGCUCAUUUCUGGAUAGUUCUGUCCAUACCCAGCAGUCAUGUCAUGAAAGUCACGCAGGAGACAGUCAUUAAAAGCCUGCAGGAAGGCCUGAGGUGGUACAGUGAAUCUGAGAUGGAAGAGACGGCCAGCUUUGACGACUACCUCCUGCACCUCCCCACGAUGUCUGUCAGGGAAACCAACCCCAAAGUUAUAGAACUUUUGAAAGCAUCAUUUGACUGUUACCGCUAUCAGAAGGUGGUGUCCAACAUUUCUGUGGGUCUCCGCGGGCCUAACACGCAGCGCUCCUCCUGCUUGUGGCACCUCCAGUCCAACCCCGGCUCCCAGCUGGAGCUCCACAUGGAGUGGCUGCUGCCCGAGUGCCGUGACAGGCUGCUGGUGUACAACUCCCUCACGCCCUCCGACGAUCAUCUCAUAACGUCUGUGUAUGGCUGCAGCAGACAUGAGCACGUGGUGCGCGUCCUGUCAUCAGGCGAGUGGAUGACAGUGGUUUGGAAACAAGGGCUUUACAAUUACAAGGACCCUUUUUCUUUGUCUGCUCAAGCCUGGGCCAGUCGGGACUGUAAUUACAAUAUACAGUUGGAGGCAGUACCAGGUGUCCAGGGGACACUAAGCACACCUUUCUUUCCCAGCUUCUACCCCCCAAACACCAACUGUACCUGGAGUUUUACUAUUCCCAGUGCAGACAUGGGCUUGGCUUUGGAGUUUGAAGGCUAUGAGCUGAGCAGAGCCAGUUACAACCAGGCCUGUACUCAGGGACAAUGGAUCGUCCAGAACCGCAGACUGUGUGGUACCAGAGGACUGCAGUCCUACUGUGAACGCCUCUUCCUGCUCUCCGAGACCACCACUGUCGUUAUGACCUCCGAGGUCUCGCUGACGGGGCCCGGCCUUCAGCUGCGCUACAGCGUCUUCAACCUGUCAGACCCUUGUCCAGGCCAGUUCCUGUGCACUGUGAAUGGCCUCUGCGUUCCUGUGUGUGAUGGAAUCAAGGACUGUCCCAACGGCCUGGACGAGAGGAACUGCGUAUGUGUGGCACAGUUCAAGUGCCCAGAGGACAGUCAGUGUGUGGACUACUACAAAGUGUGCGACCAACACCCAGACUGCCCUGAGGCCACGGAUGAGAUGAACUGUACUGAUGGAGUGGACUGUACAGAUAUGACAUAUGUGUGUGCCGAUGGAACGUGCUUGAAGAAGCCAAACCCGGAGUGUGACUUUGUUAGCGACUGCCCUGAUGCCUCUGACGAGAAACAAUGCGAGUGCGGCCUGAGACAGUUCUCCAGCCGCAUCGUUGGGGGUAGUGACGCCUCGGAGGGCGAGUGGCCGUGGCAAGCCAGCCUGCAGGUGCGGGGCAACCACAUCUGCGGGGGCGCGCUAAUCUCCGGUCAGUGGGUGGUGUCUGCUGCUCACUGUUUCUAUGACGACCGUCUGUAUUCCCCCUCUGUGUGGACCGUCUAUCUCGGUAAGCUGCUUCUCAACCGCAGCAGCCCCGCGGAGGAGGCGGUGCGAGUGCAGCGCAUCCAUCUUCACCACUAUUACGAUGACGAAUCCCAUGACUAUGACCUGGCUCUGCUGAAGCUUGACCGGCCAGCGUCCGCACUACUGACCGGACAUGCUCGACCCGCCUGCCUGCCACCGCCCACCCACCAGCUGGAGCCGGGCCUGCUCUGCUGGGUCACUGGCUGGGGAGCACUCCGAGAGGGAGGUAGCACUAGUAACUUGCUUCAAAAGGUGGACGUUCGUCUGGUCAGCGAGGAAUCUUGUGUUCGCUCCUAUGGCUACGUGGUCACUCCCAGAAUGCUUUGUGCUGGUUAUCGCAGUGGCGAGAAAGAUGCCUGUCAGGGAGACUCUGGCGGUCCCUUGGUUUGCCAGGAGCCGUCAGGACGCUGGUUCCUGGCUGGCGUGGUGAGCUGGGGAAAAGGCUGUGCGCGUCCAGACUACUAUGGGGUCUACACUCGAAUCACUCGGCUCACUGGGUGGAUCAAACAGGUCAUCAGCAACCCCUGAGCCAAUGAGGAUCAUUCACACUACAUCCGGAGGUGCUGGCAGAUGAGCUGAGAUUAUUUUUCUUCCAAACAGCCAUAAGAGAGUUUUAAAGACUUUUAAAGACUUUAAAAAGCUCAGAUUCUUCCUUAUGUGGCACAUUUCAGAGCUGACAAAUUGUUUCAAUGUUGUUUCCCUUAUCAUCAUGAAUGAUAAACUCUCUGUUUGGACUAAUGUCAUUAUUCCCAUAAUAAAAUAUUCACAUGCACUGUAUUUACAUGUUUUCCUGAAAGUGUAUUUAAAACAUCAAAGCAACACGUCCACAACUACGUUAGGAACUGCAACUGAAUGUACAAGUACCGCAGUGUAAAGCUACUGAAGGUUUUCAGGCAUUUCAGAUUUCAGGACCUAAAAGUCCCAAAGCAAUCGGUACAGUGAUUACACCUCAUGGUUUUUUGCAAGCACCUUGUGAGGUCUUGCUUAGAUAUGUUUAUGUUU